AUGCUGGAUUUUGUUGAGGUUAGGGUUCCUAUUCGGCUGCACCUCCCUCCAAUCUUCUCGUCUAGAUUGCAAGUGGGAGUUUUGCAGUAUAUCCAUCAACUCUUAUUAAAAUAUAAUGCUGAGCUACAAGGUAUUCCUGUUGCAAUAAACAAGAUCUCUGUUCUUGACCCAUGUGCGGUCAUUAAAUAUGAUAACCCAUACUUCCAUCUUUCCGUGAUGGCAGAUUUGACUCUUUGGAGGAUAUCCACCCCUAACCAAUUGACCUGUGGAGAGAUAAACAAAAUUUCUGGCGAUCAUGUUGGUCUGAUUAUGCUCGGCACACUCAAUGCCUCAAUACCCGCGUCGUCUUUACGAUCAGCUUAUUUCUACGAGAUUUUCAGCAAAAAAUGGAUUCGACUGAACGUCAACGAUGAAUGUAUCGACGGUGAGAUGGGCAACAUGACUGAAGACCACAUUUUGGAGGCCGAAAAAAAGAUUUUCAGGCCAAAACAGCUUGAAAUUGGUCAAAAGCUCUCUUUUUACGUCGACGGCAUGACAUUUAUUUCGGAAGACCAGAUCUCUUUAACAGGGUACCGUCAAGCUGCUUCGUCAAAAAACACAAAAUUUUACAAUGGAUCUAACAGUGCACAAACCCGUGGAUCUAACAGUGCACAAACCCGUGGAUUUAACAGUGUAUUGAACUAUGGUUUUCGGAACUCUGUCAAGACAGGAUAA